AUGUUAUCGGCUAAAUCGACAACAAUGACAAUGAUUGGAGUGGAAAUUGUUUUGGCCUGUACAGCAUUUAUUGCUUCAUUUUCGAUACUUUGUGCUCAGCUACAGUCAACAUCUGCGUAUAAGGAUAAGCAAAAACCCAGUAUACCACUUAUAAUGGUUUGUAUUAUUAGUUUCUUAUCGAUAGCCACAACAGCCUAUACAUAUAUGGGUUUUUCAAGGCAUAAUGCUAUGCUAAUGUUGCCACAUAUAAUUGUUCGGGUAAGAGCCAACCGUCACCUUUGUCUCCCCCAUUUUUUACAUUAUGCAUUUAAUCAGGUAAAGCUGUUAGGCUAA